AUGGCUCGGUUGAAUGACUAUGCAGCUCCGGCCGAGUCCAUUGAUGCCCUGAAGCGACGAUUUGUGCGACAAAACCGUGAAAUCGCGAGGGUGAAUUCUUUGCAGUCUCUCCGUAUCCGCAGCCUAGAGUCAGAAGUAUCGCAUCUACUUUCAGAAAAUGUGUCGCUUCGAAAACAGGUCAUCAAUCUUACACAGGAAACCGAAAGACUAGAAGCAGGGAAAAUGCUACACAAUGGAAUAUACGAUAUCAAAUCCAAGCUGGAUGCCAAACUAGCCGAGUUGAGCAGUUUGGCGGCAGAUUUGGGCUCAUUGCCUCGCAAGGUGGGGAAACUUUGCGACGAACAGUUUGAUAGGCCAAAGCGGGCGGCAGAGUCGAGACCUAGGACAGAAGACAUGAUGGAAGGCGAAGAUGGGAGGCUUCCUGCCAUCGUUGAGGACAAAUAUUACCCUCGGCGGACUCUGGAGCCCCAAGAGCUCGACAGCCUGGUCCACGACGAACACAGCAUUCUAGAUUCUCCGCCACAGUUCAGCUUUAUGCCGGAGGAAGGAUAUGCGCCCAUGGAACAUUCAAGUCCAUCGCCACCAGAAUCAACAUUCAGGAGCGAAAUCAACAAUGACAUACCCGAAGAACCCGAGCCAUUACUUCCUCCAACUCUCGAGACACGCAAGAAGAAAAAGAAGUCGAGCUCGAUUAUUGCGCCUGAAAUUAGCCCCGCGCCAACAUAUCGGCAACCAAGUCCACCUAUCGAUACAACACAGCAAGCAACAUCGGUUUCGACGAAGCGCAAAUACAUACCCGAAGACGAUGACAGAUUCACGUCCAACCUUGAUGUUCAUGAUGACGAAUUCCAAUUCACCCGACCCAGCCAUAGCCCAAAAAAGCAAACGAAACCAGUGGAAGAUACACAGCGAGACCAGUCACCCAUAAAAAGCCACGUUGAAGUGACAAGAGGAUCGAAAACUCCUGUCUUAUCUAUGCGGAAGGUCCUCGAACCAAAGAGUGCAAAUUCCAACAUAGGCUCUCCCAAGAAGGCCCGCAUGUCUUCCUACCAGGACUCUAAGCUUAUACAGAGGUCCACCAAAGGUGAUGAGAAUAACAACUCGCCACAGAAAGCCAAGGAUGUCGAAAAACUCAGUGGCAAGACUACCAAUCCAAAGCCGCGAGUGUCCAGAAUCGCCGCUUCAAAAGAAAAGCGCGCCAGUCGCCCUACCCCUCCCCAGCUAGAGGAGCCAGCCCUAUCCCAACCAGUACUGUCACCCCAUCCGAAUGCAAUGAACACAGAGGAAGAGUCUGCGAUUCUUCGGCCAUCCCGACGUCGUGGUGCCGUGGUUAGCUAUGCAGAGCCUAACCUACGGGAUAAGAUGCGCCGCCCUACCAAGGAAAUGGUUGACGCUGUUGCACUUGGAUCGCGAAGGUCCUCCAGUUUCCAGGUAGCUCGGGAAAGUUUGGACGGUGGAGGAGAGGGCACCCUCCCUGCUGAUUUCACUCUUGCGGCGCAAAGCUCAGAUCUGUCAUCCAUGGAUGGAUCCUCAGAACAGCUGCUAGCAAUGGUCUCCCGGAGGAAACGCAAGGUUUCAUCGACCCCGAAGGACGCCAGUGAUGCGGGGAACCCAAACUCUGGCCUCAAAAAAGAAAUCGAGGACAGUCUCGCAGAUAUCUCGACUCAAGUUUGCCAAAAACCAUUGAAUUCCACACGUCAGACUCGGCGUCACUCGUCAAACCCCACAAGUACAGCAGGAAACAUGGCACAAUACGAGGUUGACCAGGUUGAACCUCAAUCCCCAAUCGGCGACUCUCCAGAAGAAGAGGAUUCAUUUGGACCGGGCUCUACAACCAGUGACGUCAGACGUGGUCAGCGCGUUGUUGCAAGGAGAAAAAGCAUGAUGGUAUGA